AUGCAUUUCAUACUCGCCCUCCUUGCACUCUCGCCACUGGCCUACUCCUCCCCAAUCUCCCCUGAAGCAGCAAAUGCCGGAGCUCAACCUCAAGUGCUAGCUGCUCAAUCGCCCGAGGCGGUUGGUAAACCAUCCAGCGAGGGUAAGACUACCUUCGAUGGCGUUGCCCUUUCGAGCAUCAAAGCGGCUCCUGCGCCUGAAGCAGUGGCAGAUGCAGCCAUUGGCAGAGACGGCUGGACUUGCGAUGUGGACAGCGCCCAGGCAGAGAAUCCAUGCACAAAUGUACUAGAUGGUGAUGCUGGCACAAUAUGGCACACUCAGUUCAAUCCAACAACAGACGACCUCCCCCACACGAUAACAAUCAAUAUGCAAGCAGUGCAUUUGGUAGGCAGCAUCAUUAUCCAACCGCGCGGAGAUAACGGUAACGGCAAUAUUGGAGAACACAUAAUCAGUUUGAGUACGAACGGAGCAGAUUAUCAACAUGUGGGAUACGGCACCUACAUAGAUAAUCAAAAUGUCAAGACGACCACUAUCACCCCCCAAAACGCUCAGUAUGUGAGGAUUCAAGCGCUCACAGAAGCGGGUGGUCGUGGACCUUGGACUUCAAUUGCGGAGGUCAAUAUAGGCGAUGCUGCCGGUGGUCCACCAGGGCCUGCAGGGAAGGGUGCGUGGGGUCCAACAGUCGAUUUCCCGCUUGUCCCAGUAUCUAUGGCAAAUCAGGUCAACGGUGAUAUCCUCGCUUGGUCUUCGUACGAUCCAGCAACUUUCGGGAACUCGAAUGGGGUUCAGACCAUCACGGCUUCGUACUCACCUGGCUCGCAAACGGUGACAUCUGCUUUGAUCACCAACACCCAACACGAUAUGUUUUGCGAAGGACUGUCAAUUGAUUUCAACGGAAGAUUCCUCGCUGCAGGGGGAAAUACUGCUUCAGCUGUCAGUAUUUUUGAUGGAGGGGCCUGGACUAAGGGGAAUACCCUCCAAAUCGCUCGUGGCUAUCAAGCACAGGCUACGCUCUCCAACGGUUACACUUUCACGAUCGGCGCCUCGUGGUCAGGAGGACAAGGUGGCAAAAAUGGCGAAGUAUAUGAUGGCAACGCGUGGAGAGGGCUCGGGGGCGCCCCCGUGGCUCCUAUGCUGACAGCAGAUGCUCAAGAGCACUACGUCUUCCAGGCUGGACCAUCAGUAGCCAUGAACUGGUAUGGCACUGAUGGCGAUGGCUCUCAGGCGGGCGCUGGCGAUCGUACUGGUGACGGAGAUGCAAUGUGUGGCAUUGCAGCGAUGUAUGACGCUCCCAACGGCAAAAUCUUAACUGCAGGUGGAUCGCCAAGCUAUCAGGAUUCGGACGCGACAUCGAACGCUCAUAUUAUCACUUUGGGAGAUCCAGACACGAAUCCAGGCGUACAAACGAUUGCCAACAUGGCUUUUCAGCGAGCUUUCGCUUGUAGUGUCAUCCUUCCUACCGGGCAAGUCUUUAUCGUGGGUGGUCAGGUUCAUGCGGUUCCCUUCAGUGACGAUACCUCUCAAUUGACCCCAGAGAUCUUCGAUCCCGCAGACAAUAGCUUUACCCAGGUCGCUCCCAUGGCGAGUCCCCGCAACUACCAUAGUACGGCUGUGCUGCUGGCCGACGGUACGGUCCUCAGUGGUGGUGGAGGUCUUUGCGGUGAUUGUGCAACCAAUCAUUUCGACGCUCAGGUCUACCGUCCACCAUAUCUUUACGACGGAGGUGGCGGCGACGCCCCGAGGCCGGCGAUCACUGCGGUUUCGACGAAUACUGUCGUUGUUGGCGGCACUUUCACUUGCACGACUGGUGGUCCCGUCGACGGUGGUUUCAGUCUUCUUCGAUUGAGCAGCACAACUCACACCGUCAACACAGAUCAACGCCGCAUUCCACUCACCCCGUCCGGUAAUGACGGAAACACGUACACCCUGACCCUUCCAGGUGACCCUGGGGUUUGCCUAGCCGGCUACUGGUUCUUAUUCGCCCUGGAUGGAGGUGUUCCCAGCACCGCCCAAACAAUCAAGAUCACACCAGAUUAG